AGAAAGAUAAAUAGUGCCAGUAAGAAAUGAAUCUGCUGGCUGACAGUAACCUUCAUCUUCUUUUUCAACAACAGACAUUUGAAGAUUGAACACAAACAGGAUUUUGGAGAAUGAAGGUCUCAGUGUGACGAACCACACAAUGAAAACAAGAAGCUGGUUAACUUUUUAUACUAGAGAGACACAACUACAUGUUCCUGCCUUGAACUGAUGAUUUUCACUGUUAGAAUCAGCCGAGUUUGUAGUUUUCCUUCUUUCUAAUGUAGCUGUAGUGAUUUGAAAUAGUUCAAUAGAGGAGAUGAACUGUAAUAAAGCAGAAUGAGCUCCGACUCAGCAGAAACCCACACAGCAGCUUCAGCUGAGCUGUCAAUCAGCAGCAGCAGCCUUAUCUGUCCGCCGCAGGGGCUGAUGGGAGGUCUGAGGACCCGUUAGAAACCACGCGGCCCUCGUCUGAUCUCACAGCUCGUCCUUGUUUGGCCUCAGCUGCAUCAGAGCGCCACUUCUCCCCAGGUUCACCAGAGGAAACACCACUGCACACAAUGCUUUUCCUCCCAGCUGCUGCUCUGUGCUGUCUGUGUUCAGCGCUGGUUGCCAUGGCAGCAGAGCUGAUUCAGGAGGAUUUAACAUUGACCAGGGAAGCUGGUCAAACUGUCUCCUUCAGCUGUCGAGGAACUGACCAGUGUGACACUGAUUAUGUAUACUGGUACCAGAAGAAAGACACAGACACAUUCACAAGGAUUCUUUAUAUUCAGAGGAGUGAUGGUUAUGUAUACUCAGGUUUCAAUCAUCCUCAGAAAGAUGAUUUCUCAGCUGUGAGAAAACAGAACGGCUGUGAGUUGCAGCUCAAGAACGUUAAACCCUCUCAUUCAGCCACCUACUACUGCGCCUGUUGGAAGAGUGCCUACUUGAUCUUUGGCUCUGGAAUUAAACUGUAUGUAACAGAUGACCCGGUAGUGAAGCCCGUGGUGAGUGUUUACCCAGCAGCAUCCAGAAAAGGACAGGAGGAGAAGAGAUUCCUGCUGUGUGUGGCUGCGGACAUGUUUCCUCCUCAGGUUCAAUUUUCCUGGAAAAGACGAAAGGAGAAUGGUCCUCUGGAGGAGCUACCCCCUGCUAAGGAGGAGCAGCAGGAGCUCAAAGAGUCGGAAUGCAUUGCCGCCAUUAGAGUGACCGAUCAGAACGCUCUCUACACGUAUGAACACGUCUGUUACGUCCAGCAUGAGACGGGCAGAGAAGAGGCCCAACUACAACAAGAGGUUCCAGCAAAAACAUCACCUCCGCCAUCACUUCCACCAUCAACUACACCGUCACUUCCACCAUCAAUUCAACCAUCACUUCCACCAUCAGUGUCCUUCCAGUCUCAGUGCAGGGUGAAGCUGCUCUCUUUGAUGUACACAGUGCUGAUAGUGAAGAGUCUGGUGUACUGCUGUGGACUCUCUCUGCUGAGGAUCCGCAGAAAUAAGGGGCCGUCUACCUGCUGCACACAUGCUGACUGACGUUUUCUGUUGGUUUUUGCUACCAUCAAAUCUCAUCAAUUCAUCUAAUAUAUCUCUUUGAUUUGCAGUCAGAAAGGUUCAGACAUAUUGUGGUUAGUUGUAAAAGAUAUCUUUUAUGCACAGGUUAGAAACAGUCAUCCUAAAAAUAUAAACACAUAUACAUUGUUGGGAUCACAGGGACCUCACAGAUAAGUUUGUUAAUUGGUGAUAAUAAGUGAACCAUUAUCAUGUGAGCCAUUGAACUCAAUUAGCUAUCGGCCAACUCUGAGAAGUGUCACCGUCCAGACCCCCUCACCUGUGUUAUGGCACAACAAAAGAUUGAAACUGAACAAUUAGUUUAUUUUGGUCUUGAGUGUUUUGAUUUGUUUAUCUUGUUAAAUAAAUGCUUGGGUAUAUAUAUAUAGCAGUUUCUUUUAAUAUAGAGUGAAUAUAUUGCCAACCUCCUCCACAUAGGAAUCCAGAUCCUUCAACCCACUAUCUAUUAAUGGUUAGUGUAUUUCAUGAGACUGAAAUAAGUAAUUGUAUGUAUCUCUUGUUUAGGAGUGGUGCCCCAAGGAGAAUAGCUUUAAGUUAUAUUUUAAUAAUUUAUUAACUAUAAACGUCAUAUAUAUAUAUAUGCAAUUACUGACUGUUAUUUUUGUAGUAUACAGUUAUUUUGAUGCUCUUAUUUCCAUUAUUUAAUCGUGACUUUUAUAAUGCUACAAAAUGAAGCUGAAUCAUUAGCCGUCUGCUAAAUAUGCUAUUGUAUACGAUAUUUUUCUGUCUCUUUUUAAUACAUUUUGCAGAGUGUGUCAGUCUAACUUUCUCAAUAAACUGAAAAAUCACAGCGUCUGUGUUUUUUAAACAUUCUUAUU